AUGCAAACCGCGCCAGCGUACACACCUGUCGCAGCACGUCAGACUCUCCAAAGACCAUUCAUGCCUGCUCAACCGCAGAAGCAAGCAUGGCCGCCUGCCGUGCGCGGCUAUGUUGGGCGAGCAUUUGAUCCCGAGAGUAUGAUACCAGGAAUAGAAGGACCGAUCGUAGCAGAGCGCUUGAGGGACGUCAUCACAAAGGCAGCAGAAGCGCGCCAGCUUGACACUAUAGAUUGGAGCACAUACCCUUUGCCACAGGUCUUGAUCAAAGCGGAACGUGAACAGGCCGCAUUUCAUGGUGGAGCGAUACCUGUCCCAGCUAACUUGUACUCUCUUUUGCCACCACCAAAUGUCCAAGCCUGGGCUGGUCAGCUCAACAAACGGAAGAACGAUGAAGUAGAGACCACUCUGGAAGAAGAGGACGCCAUCACCCCACCGUGGAAGAAGAAGAACAAAGGAAAUCUGGAAGACCGGAUGUCUGGAAAGUCCAAGGCGCAGGAGAAGAAACAGAAGAAGAUCAUUUUACUCCAUGCGAACGGCUUUGGAGCCGACUCGGACGUUCUGGCAAAGCGCAAGCAGCGCUUCGGAAUGACCACACCUGAACCCUCUCCUUAUCUAUCAUCUCGUGACGACUCACCCGAGCCAGCUGGACCCCUCGUGGGAACAUGCCAGACCAUCGAGAAAAGUUACUUUCGUCUCACAGCACCCCCAUCACCUGAAGUUGUGCGACCCUUUGCAGUUCUUGAGAAAGCACUAAAUCACAUCCGACGUAAAUGGAGGGAAGAGCAUAACUACAACUUUGCGUGCGACCAGCUCAAGUCAAUGCGUCAGGAUCUCACAGUCCAGCACAUCCAGAACGAGCUCACCGUCAAAGUCUACGAAUGCCACGCUCGCAUAGCCUUAGAAAUGAAGGACCUCGGUGAGUACAAUCAGUGUCAGACGCAACUGCGGACACUGUACAAGAUGAACUUGGGCGGCAACCCGGAAGAGUUCAUCGCGUAUCGCAUCCUUUACAUCAUCUAUACGUGUAACCGUACCGACAUGAAUAAUGUCCUGGCGGAUCUAACCUCAGCAGAUAAGCAGAAACCGGGAGUGAAGCACGCAUUGCAGGUACGGUCAGCACUUGCUUCGGGCAACUACCACAGAUUCUUUAGGUUGUAUCUCUCGGCACCUUUUAUGGGAGGGUAUCUUCUCGAUAUGAUCAUCCAGCGCGAACGACUUGCUGCUAUGGCUGCCAUGUGCAGAGCAUACAAGCCAGAUGUCAGUCUCAACUACCUCGCCGAAGAGCUAGCCUUCAGCAGCGAUGACGAGGGCCCAGAAGACCCGGAUGCUACCCAACGACAAUGCCUCGAGUUCCUCUGCCUACAUGGUGGUGAGCCAUUUGUUGAAAGAAAAGAGCAUGGUACUGUCCGCUUCCAGACCGGCAAGGCCAUGGCUGUGUUCGAAGGAGCACGAGCUGCUGCAUUCCGUGGCGUCGAUAUCAAGGGCCAGAUAUGA